AUGAAAAACUUUACCAAUCUCUUAAAGUUUAACUCUAACAACAGCUCUUCAAGCUCUCCAUCUGAUCCUAAUAUUGCUCAAAGGGCAUUAAAAGGUCUAGCAAAAGGCACUGUAGGUCUGAUUACCCAGCCAGUCAACUUAUCAGUUAACCUGUUCAAUAAAGUCAUUGAAACCAAUGAAGUUUGUUAUAUUUGUGAAACCCCAUUUACACUGAUUCAAAAAAAGCAUACCUGCUUAUCUUGUGGCAGACUAUCCUUUUUCUGUUAUUCUCUCUUAAGCUGAUUUAGCUUAUAUUGAGUGAGCACGCUGUUAGCUCAUUAUAUUCUUGAUAUCUCCCUAGAGAGUCGGGGUUAUUUUAUCUGCAAAUUCUAUGAAUUAAACUCAAGGAAUCGCAAAAUUGCAGACUUGAGCUGAUUUUUAAUUCCUUGGCUGGCAUUUGCUGGUAAAAUAAUCUCUAGACUCCUACAAAGGAUGUUAUGAAGCAGCAAGCCAAUGGCAGGCAACUGAUAUAGUUUAUGAUUUUACACAAAAAACCAACAAUAAAUCGUGUGUUAAAAUUACGGUGACUUAUGAAAUUUCAUUAGGAUUUAAAUCAAUAUGGUGUAAUAACCAUUUCACAGAUUUUUUUAUUUAAUAAAAUUCCAUUAAUCCCUAAUUAUCCUUCCCAGCAUAGUCUGCAAGGACCAUUCUAUUUCCAAGGGUGCUGAAGAAGAGCGUCUUUGUGAAUCCUGCUAUCAUAAUCAAAAAAUGGCGUCAUUCGAAUUUUUCUGGUCUCCCGACCGAAAAUUCUCUUCUUCAAUUUUUGAUUAUGAGGUUUGGCUUUCCCCAGCGAAUUUAUCCCGGCGAUGACAGGGCUUCAAGUGCCUGUGGUGCGCGACGCAGGACUCCUGCCCCUUAGGGAAUCGAAUUUUCUGGAAAGAUGCUACCAACCCCAGGUGGUGGAGACUGGGACCUUUAGGGUGCCUGACAGACACAAGUUGGUUUUGCCCGAGAGCCGGAAAGGACGAUCGUCGAAAUCCGAACGCCGAAGCCGAUGGGACCAUUUAGCCUUGAAGCCAGGCGGUGCACGACAUUUUGGUGGAGCGGGAAAACCCAGAAGCAGGACGGAUACCCGUGCAGGGAAUGUGGUAUUGGACGCUAAGCGUGUAUUAAUAAUUAAGUAAGUAAGUGAAUCCUGCCAUCACGAAAAGCUUGUAGAAGAGACUGAUUCAAAAUCCCAAGCAGUUAAGCAAGAAAUAGCCCAAGAAAUCCAAAAAUGUAUUGAAGAACGCAACGACAAAACCAAGCAGCUCACAAAAUUUAUCUCAAAAUCACGCAAACUUGAAAAUAAACAAAAAGAGCAGCAGGCUGAUCAUGAGCGAAAAGAAUGGGAACUAGACCAGCAGUUCCAAAAAGAAUGUGACAAUAACUAUAAGAUGGAAGAAGAAAUAAAAGAAUUAAAAUUACAAUUAUAGGGCAAGCACCCUUAUAGCUCACCAUAAGCCUAAUUCCAAAAAAUUUCUUAUUUAAAAAAAAGCAUCCAAAAUACAAGCCUAUUUGGUAAGUCAAAAUCUGAUUGGCAGGGUGGAUCGGUAAAUAAGCACCCAUCAGCUAUAGAAGCUUCACAGUCUAUAGAAGAAAGAACUGUACAAAAAACAGCUAGAGGCCAUGAAGAGGUAGAAAUCAUGAGACUGAAAAUUAAUGGAAUGCUUGAAGAGAAGAAAAAGGUAGAAAAUGAACUGAAUGAGCUGAAAGAGUUUAUUAGGAGCCAAGUCCCUGUACAAAUUAUCAAAGAAAACUUGUGCCAAAUUUGCUAUCAGAAUGUAAGAAGAGCGUACAGUAAAACUUUUAAACCUGUUGUGCAAGGAGAAGGGAAAGGAGGGUUGGCAAAGAUUGAAGAUAUUAAGAGAGAUAUUUGUGCAUGCAAUAUUAUUUAG